AUGAUUUCCCAGGCAGAGAGAGAUCUUUCGAUUCCAAAUCGGCUUCCCGGAAGCGGCCAAAGUACCCCUUCUCCGCCGUCUUCACCUCGUCUCUGCCGGAGUCGCUCUAGAGGAGGAACCGUACAGCCUAGCCGGACGCUCGCUCACCGUCUCUCAUGGUUUCUAUUAUCGGUUCUUCUCCGGCGUCAGGGAAUUCUCUUGCUCGCUCCUCUCAUGUACAUCUCUUGUAUGAUGUUUCACAUGCGAACGGCGUCGUUUGAUUCGGGUCCCAUUGUUCAUCGCCGUCCCGCUCCGGGAUCCGUUUACAAGAGCCCUCAUGUUUACGCUAAGCUUCGUGCGGAGAUUGACGCCGAUAAUACCACGGCUGAUGCGAUAUCAACAAUUUGGAAACGUUCCUAUAAAGGUGUGGAAUGGAAGCCAUGCGUGAACAAGUCUAAUGGAGUUUUGCCUGAGUCAAAUGGUUUCAUAUUCAUUGAGGCAAAUGGAGGCUUGAAUCAGCAGCGGACUUCGAUAUGCAAUGCGGUUGCUGUGGCAGGCUACCUUAAUGCGACCCUUGUAAUUCCAAACUUUCACUAUCACAGCAUAUGGAAAGAUCCGAGUAAAUUUGGGGACAUCUAUGAUGAAGAAUUCUUUGUCAGUACCUUAGCAAAUGAUGUGCGGGUAGUCCAUACAGUUCCUGAAUACUUAAUGGAGCGUUUUGACUAUAACUUGACAAAUGUCUACAACUUCAGAGUUAAAGCAUGGGCACCUACUCACUAUUACCGGGACUCAAUCCUGCCUAAGCUACUUGAAGAAAAGGUUAUAAGAAUUUCCCCAUUUGCAAAUAGACUUUCGUUUGAUGCUCCUCGAGCUGUCCAGAGAUUUAGAUGUUUGGCGAAUAAUGUUGCUUUGCGAUUCUCGAAACCCAUACUGACCCAAGGGGAAACACUUGUGAAGAAAAUGAAAGAGCUUAGUGCAAACAACGGCGGGAAGUAUGUCUCUGUGCAUCUUCGUUUUGAAGAGGAUAUGGUAGCUUUCUCUUGUUGCGUAUUUGAUGGUGGCGACCAAGAAAAGCAAGAUAUGAUGGCGGCGAGAGAACGGGGAUGGAAAGGGAAGUUCACAAAACCGGGCCGUGUGAUACGACCAGGAGCUAUAAGGCUCAAUGGGAAAUGCCCUUUAACUCCUUUGGAGGUGGGUUUGAUGCUUAGAGGAAUGGGAUUCAACAAAAGCACAUAUAUAUACCUUGCCUCUGGCCCAAUAUAUAGCGCGAAUAGAACUAUGGCUCCACUACUUCAGAUGUUUCCUAAUCUACAGACAAAGGAGAUGCUUGCGUCUGAGGAAGAACUGGCUCCUUUUAAGAGCUUCUCCUCGAGAAUGGCUGCAAUAGAUUACACAGUGUGUCUCCACAGUGAGGUAUUUGUGACAACACAAGGUGGAAACUUCCCUCAUUUUCUCAUGGGACAUCGGAGGUAUUUAUUUGGAGGACAUUCAAAGACGAUUCGGCCUGACAAGCGAAAGUUAGCCAUACUCUUUGAUAAUCCCAAGCUGGGAUGGAGAAGUUUUAAACGGCAAAUGCUUAGCAUGAGGUCUCAUAGUGACUCCAAGGGGUUUGAGCUGAAACGACCUAGCGACUCCAUUUACAUAUUCCCUUGCCCUGACUGUAUGUGCCGGAGGGACAAAACAACAGCAUCAGCCACCUGA